AUGAACCCGUCUGCACCUCGCGCAGAAGCAGUCCUCGUGCGCGACGGCCAGAUCCUUGAAGCAGGUCCGCUGGCUAAAAUGCAGCCUUGGCUGAGCGGCCAGCCUCAUCAGGUUGAUGAUCGAUUCAAAGACAAAAUCAUCUGUCCUGGAUUCAUCGAUCCACACCUGCACCCAACGAUGGCCGCGGUCCUUCUGCCAAUGGAGUUUGUAACCGCCAUGCGAUGGAAGCUGCCCUGGGGAACGGUAGAGCCGACCACAACCGAAGCAGAUUUCACAGCCCGCAUGAUGGCGUUGCACGCAGAGAAACCAUCUGAUGAACCGCUUUUUAUCUGGGGUUACCACCAGUUAUGGCACGGAGAGAUGAACCGGGCACGAAUCAACGCUAUCACCGCAGAACGGCCAGUCGUUGUCUGGCAUCGAUCGUUUCACGAGCUCUAUAUGAACGAUGGCGCCCUGGCGAUGACGUCUAUCGUCGAGGGUGAAAUCAAGCCAGACAGCCAGAUCGACUUUGCUAAUGGGCACUUUUACGAAAAUGGCCUUGGCUUUGCCAUAAAUCGGCUCAACCCAUGGAUAUUGGCACCCAAACAAUACGCAGCCGGUUUGGAGCGAUUGAAAUCUGCAGUUCACCACGGCGGCCACACCAGCAUUGGGGAUCUCGCCACGGGUUUAUUCGAUUUUGAAACAGAAGCCAGCGCACUGGCCGAUCUGCUUGAGGGUGAUGACGUGCCCUUCCGCACUCGAUUAGUUGCACACGGCUUGCGCAUGAGCGCCGGCGGCAGAUCUGUUGAGGAAGGCGUUGCCAUGGCAGACAGUCUGCCAGACCGGAACAGCCAUCGUUUACGCUUUGGCAAACACAUCAAGCUUUUCAGCGAUGGCGCUUUUUUCAGCCAGCUAGCGCAGCUUAAAGAGCCUGGCUACAUAGACGGGCAUCACGGCGAAUGGCUGAUGCCACCGGAGAUGCUGGAGCGCAAUAUCCGCGCCUACUGGCACGCAGGGUAUCAGAUUCACGUACAUGUUUGCGGUGAUUUGGGAUUGGAGCUUGCGAUAGAUUGUCUUGAAAAGAUGCAGGCUGAGAAGCCGCGAUUUAAUCACGGCUUUACCUUCGAGCACUUUGGUUUCAGCAAUCAUGAACAGAUCCGACGCAUCAAAACACUAGGUGGGCAGGUUUCCGCAAAUGCGUACUAUCUGCACGAAUUGUCAGAUAUUUAUGCCACUAAAGGCAUUGGCUAUGAGCGUGCAUCACAAAUGUCGCGGCUGGGCUCCUGUUUCGCCAAUGAUAUCAACACCACCCUCCAUUCUGAUUUCACCAUGGCGCCAGCAGAACCCCUCAACAGCGCAUGGGUUGCCGUGAAUCGAGUGAACCACACCGGCGAGGUGAUGUGCCCAGAGGAACGCCUGACUCAGACACAGGCACUUGCGGCCAUUACCAUCAAUGCGGCACGCAUCCUUGGUUUUGCUGAGGAGACGGGUUCAAUCACUGCUGGAAAGUAUGCCGACUUCACUGUGCUGGACGAUGACCCUUUGACCUGCGACCCGAUGGCGAUACGCGACUUGAAUAUACACGUGAUGGACAUUCCGAUCACCAUCGUUGGCGGCUAUUUAGGCGCGGGUAAAACCACGUUGAUCAAUCGCGUAUUGAAUCACGAAGGCGACCUUUCGGGCCUGGCUGUACUGGUCAACGACUUUGGCGAUGUGAACAUUGAUGCAACCCUGAUUCGCGCAAAUGCAGAAGACGAUCAGGUCUUCGACCUGACCAAUGGCUGUGUGUGUUGCACUAUUCAGGAUGAUUUCAGUGCCAGCCUUGAAGCGCUGCAGCACCGCGACAUAAAACAUGUACUUUUCGAAGCCAGCGGGGUUGCUUCACCGGCAAAGUUACGCGCCCAAUGCAGCUAUCCUGGAUUUCGCCCCACAAGUGUUUUUGUGCUGGUGGACGCUACCCAAUACAAUCGUCAGAUGAAAGACAAAUACGUUGGGCAUCUAGUGCAGCAACAGGUGAGAGAGGCUGACGUGCUGGUUGUCACCAAAGCAUCGAUCGAAGAUAUAGCCGGCGCGCUUGACGGCGCCCCGGACAUUCGUCACGGGGAUGAUCCGGAAUUGUUCGAUGACCUUCUAACCAGACGCCCGACGCACCCUACCUCGACUGGCCAGAUGCAAGACACACCCGCGUUCACCACCACCACUUUGACGCAACGCAUGCCUGUCUCCCUCGAUGCGUUAGAACACUGGCUGGUUGAACUGCCUCGGUGGGUUUCUCGGAUUAAGGGGUUUGUCCUCACUGACCAGGGCACCCGCCUUGUCCAAGGCAGCGGACAGAAUCGAGCGUUAACACAAUAUGAUGAUGCCCAGGAGAUCACAGACACCCACCGAUUGGUACUGAUCACCGCCCAUACGCAUCGCGCAGAUGAGUUGAGCGCUAUUAGAGCAAACUGGCCCGGCGCAUAA